GGAAGAGGUAGAAGAGAAAGAGGGAGUGGGGGGAGAGGAAGAGGAAGAAGUAGUGGAGGUAGAGGAGGAAGAGGUAGAAGAGGAAGAGAGUGAGGAGGAGGGAGAGGUAGGGGAGAAAGAGGUAGGAGAGAAAGAGGUAGGAGAGAAAGAGGAGGAAGAGGUAGAGGAGGAAGAGGUAGAGGAGGAAGAGAGUGAGGAGGAGGGAGAGGUAGGGGAGAAACAGGAAGAGGGGCAAGUAGGGGAGGAAGAGGAGGGAGAGAAACAGCAGGAGAGUGCUGAGGACAUGAUCCAAGAGCUCUCAGCUACUGGGUCAGAACAGGGGGAAAAGAGAGAUGGUGAAGACCAGAAAGCAGAUGCUUCAUAUGUUGAUGAGGAGGAGCAUGAUUUCCCAGAGGGCCAUGAGAACCAUAUCACUUUGGGUGCCCUAAAGCAGGAUUCAUCAGCUGAUGGCCAAGAUAACCAGUCAAUAUAUGAGCCCAGAAGAAGGUCCAAGAGAAAGCCCUCAGGACGUGAUCAGACACCUGGUAGAGUGAUCUACGUCAAAAACCUUCCCAGAGGCUUCUAUACAGAUAAUGACUUCCUGAAGAUUGUUAAAGGCUUCGGGAGAGUGCAUCGCUAUUACCUCCAUGGCAAUGGUGAAGAGGGCUUCAUUGAGAUGGAGAGGUCUUCGGAUGCAACAAAGGCUUUAAGAGAGCUGCGUUAUGAUGGCUGUAAAUUAUACGGCCAGAGGGUGACCAUCCUGCGGUCUCAGAAAUACAAGAGAUUAAUAACAGGGUGGAAACCUGAAUCAGACUCUGAUUCUGAAAGUGAUCAGAAGAAAGAUCACAGGAAUAGUAGAAGCAGCAGCAGGAUAAGGAGAUGGAUCAGCAGUCACUCAAAGUCAGCAGCUAAGGACAAGGAGACGAAAGAGGAGGACGAGGAAACGAAAGAGGAGGACAAGGAGACGAAAGAGGAGGACGAGGAAACGAAAGAGGAGGACGAGGAAACGAAAGAGGAGGACGAGGAGACGAAAGAGGAGGACGAGGAGACGAAAGAGGAGGACGAGGAGACGAAAGGAGGAGAGACGAAAAGAGGAGGACGAGGAGACAAAAGAGGAGGACGAAGAGACGAAAGAGGAGGACGAGGAGACGGCACGACAAACCAAAACAAUGCCCCUGUCUCUGCUGCUGAGGAUGAGAAGCGGGCCUGUAGCACCGAGGACAAUGUCGAAACCAAGAUGGAGGAUAAUGUGGAAAGAGGACCAGAUUACGUGAAGACUGGUAUGGAGUCAUCAUUCCAGCCCAACAACCCAGUGGGAAGGGAAUUCAUUACACCUGUCAUGGGCUAUUUCUGCAACCUGUGUCAAGUAGUCUAUGUCAAUGAGGAUGAAGCAAAGAACCAACACUGCAGCAGCCUCUGUCACUAUCUGAAGUUUAUGCACAUCUCUCCCAUCCCCAAUGGGGACAGCCAGACAGACACCUCUCAUCGGGCCAGCCAGAUAGACACCUCUCAUCGGGCCAGCCAGCCAGACAGACACCACUCAUCGGGCCAGACAGAUAGACACCUCUCAAGUGUGAGACACACUACCAAGAUGGAGUCAAAAGGAGUGUGA